AUGUCGACGGUCGGUGAACUCGCUUGCAGCUACGCUGUUAUGAUCCUUGAGGACGAGGGCAUUGCCAUCACUGCUGAGAAGAUUAACACUUUGGUCAAAGCCGCUGGUGUCGAGAUUGAGUCAUACUGGGCAAUGUUAUUCGCCAAGAUGGCUGACAAGCGUAACGUCACAGACCUCAUCAUGAAUGUUGGUGCUGGUGGCGGUGGAGGUGGUGCACCUGUUGCUGCUGCCGCACCCGCUGCUGGUGGAGGUGCCGCAGCUGCUGCACCUGCUAAGGAAGAGAAGAAGGAUGAGCCAGCAGAAGAGAGCGAUGGUGAUCUUGGAUUCGGCUUGUUCGAUUAGUUUGUCUCCUUUGUUUUACGCUUUACUAUGUGUUGUUCUACUGGUUUAGUUAAUUUGAGAUUUUCAGUUUUGGCAUUUUCAGACAUUACUUUUACAGUUUGGUCCACUUUUAUUAUAUGUUCUCGACUUUGGCUUUGAAACCUUCUCUUUCG